GGUGUCGUCCGGUGGGAGGAGCCGUGAGUAACCAGCGUAAGGAAUCACACAGCUACAGGCAUUGAUGGUCAUAACCCCAAGAAGACCCCAUCGAGAGUUUGGCAGAGCUGACCAAAAGCACAGCUGAUCAUGGACCCAAACACCAGUGGACUGAUGCAGAGGCUGGCUGAAGCUGGCCAGUCUCACCUCCUGCAGUUUUGGAACGAUCUGAGCCCUGAAGAACAGGCAGACAUGACCCUUGACCUGCAGGGCAUGGACUUGCAGGAAAUAAACGGAUUCUUCAAGAACGCCAUGGAGACGUCCAGCAACAGCAAACAUGAGAAGAUGGAUGCCCGGAUGGAGCCGGUGCCCAGGGAAGUGCUGGGAAGUGUGACAAGGGACAGGGAGUGUCUCAAAAACUGGGAAGCAGCAGGUCUUCACUGCAUCUCUCAGAGCAAAGUGGCCGCCUUACUGCUGGCAGGGGGCCAGGGAACCAGACUGGGGCUCUCUUACCCCAAAGGCAUGUACGACGUUGGCCUGCCAUCCCACAAAACUCUCUUUCAGAUCCAAGCAGAACGCAUCUUGAAGCUGCAGCAGCUGGCUGAGCAGAAGCACAAAAUCAAGUGCUGUAUUCCCUGGUACAUCAUGACCAGCGGCAGGACAAUGGAGUCCACCAAGGAAUUCUUCUCACGCCAUAACUACUUUGGUUUAGACAAGAACAACGUUGUCUUCUUCCAGCAGGGGAUGCUUCCAGCGAUGGACUACAAUGGCAAGAUCAUCCUGGAGAGCAAAGGGAAGCUCUCCAUGGCACCCGAUGGUAAUGGGGGUCUUUACAGAGCCCUUGGAAACCAGGGUAUCACAGAUGACAUGCAACGGAGGGGGAUCGAGUACAUCCAUGUGUAUUGUGUUGACAACAUCCUGGUCAAAGUGGCUGACCCCGCCUUUGUUGGUUUCUGUGUGCAGAAGGAAGCAGACUGUGGAGCUAAGGUGGUGGAGAAAACCAAUCCGACAGAGGCAGUGGGUGUGGUCUGCAAAGUGGAUGGCCGUUAUCAGGUGGUGGAGUACAGCGAGAUCACCCUGGCAACUGCUGAGAAGCGCAGCGCUGACGGUCGGCUUAUGUUCAACGCAGGAAACGUGGCCAAUCACUACUUCAGCUUCUCGUUCCUCAGAGAUGUCGUCCAGAAACACGAGCCACGGCUGCAGCACCAUGUGGCCCAGAAGAAGAUCCCAUAUGUGGAUGUUCAGGGUCGCCUAAUCAAACCAGACAAACCAAAUGGGAUUAAAAUGGAAAAGUUUGUCUUCGACAUCUUCCAGUUUGCUAAGACGUUUGUUGUGUACGAGGUGCUGCGGGAGGAUGAGUUCUCUCCGCUGAAGAAUGCAGACACUCAGGAGGGAAAGGACACGCCCACCACGGCCAGGCACGCCCUCAUGUCCCUCCACCACCGCUGGGUGCUCAACGCCGGAGGCCAUUUCAUCGACGAGAACGGCAGACGUGUGCCCGCCAUACCCAGAGACGGAGCAGAAGGCAGUGUCACAGCCGAUGGCAACAGAAAUCUGAAGGAUGGGACAGAUCUGCCAAUCAAAUGUGAAAUCUCGCCACUAGUGUCCUAUGGAGGAGAGGGUCUUGACGAGCUGGUUAAGGGACGUGAGUUCCAUCCAACUCUGAUGAUCGACGAGCACGGAGUGCACGAGCUGGUUAAAAACGGAGUUUAAUCAGCCAGCACAUCUGAGAGAAAGAGGAAUAACCCAAAGACCCACCUCCCUCUAUUUCUCAACGUUCGAUUGUGGGGAAAAACUGUGAUGUCAUCGCUGUGCAAUAAGAAACAUCGCCUUCAUGUGUCAAUGAAGAUGAAUGAACGGGCAAGAUGAAGUGUGUCGUUUACCCUUCUGUCAACUUUUGUUUGGUUUGUAUGCUGAUGUCAUACUUUGUUCAUAUUUGUUUUGAAGAGCACUUGAACACAACACGAGAUGAAGGAUGAAAUUCCUGUUGCUCUAACUGGAUGAUUCAAUCUGCAAUUGCAUCUAUUUAUUUUGCUUAUGAGAAUUAUUUUUAUAUGUACUGAUAGAUGCUGCAUAGGUGGAAAUUACCAUCUACUCAUUUUACUUGGUGAUUUUUAUACGGGAACUGAAUGAGAUGAUCAGAAAGAUCUUUCUUAUGAGCCUGUAAUCAAAAUACAUGGACUGGACUGUGGGGGGUAUUUAUAAUAUUUGCUUUUUUCCUGCUUGUAGUCAUAGAUGACUAGAUAUUAUUCAUCUGAAUGAGAUACUAUGAUUUCUCUCAUGUUUAUUAAAUACAUUUUCCUACUUUGA